AGUAUGUUAAGUUAUAGCCACAUUUUUUUAAAUUUUCAAGAGUUUCUCGUUGGCUGAAAUUUUUCCUAAUCUUACAUUGUAGCAGACAUCCUAGCAAACUCACCCAUAGCAAAACCCAUUGCGUGGAAUCCUGUUUCAUGUUUGCAUGGAAGACAGUAGACUCUUUCUAUCAUGCUGUUCUGCUUCCUUUUACAUGUUUGAUAAGAUAUGUGAGUGCAUGCAAAUAAAUAAUGCUGCAACAGAUACCACUGCCUAUAACACAGUUUCCAAAGAUGAACAGUACCCCUUAUUGCAGCUUUCAAAUCAUUAAAUAAACAACUGUGUGGCUUUAUGCUGUGCCAUAUCGUGAACUGAAUAUUUAACUAUUCCAUUGACACCAACUACCUCUUCAGUGGAAGAAGGUAUAUUUAAUUCCUCCCAUGUUGCUAGGUAACUUUAUUUGGGGAGAGCUAAGGAGCUGGGUGGAAGUGUAUGCACGGAUUGAUUCUUUUUCCAUUAUCACAAUUGUUAGCUUUCUCAUAAGAAGCACCCAGCUGCUUUUCAAUUAUUGCUAGCUCUAGCACAUCUGUUAGCACUCCUGUUAGAAGGGUCUGGCUGCACUUACUGCAAGUGCUUUCUGUAUAUGGAUUAUUUAGGGAAAUCUGCCUGUAGAAAUUUCUUUGUUCUCCAGUAGCCAUUUUCACACCAAACAACAAUGGCUCUGAUGCCCCAAGAACAGUUUAUCCUGUUUGUUUAUAUUGUGACCUUCGUGACGGGGUUACCCACCAACAGCCUGGCCUUAUACACCUUCAGCGUGAAAGUCCACCACAAACCAGCUCCCAUCGACAUCCUGCUUCUCAACCUGUCCGUUUCGGAUCUCAUCUUUCUUCUCUUCCUGCCUUUCCGGAUGGUCCAGGUCUCCCAAGGCAUGCAUUGGGUGCUUCCCAACUUGCUGUGCCCGCUGAGCAACUUUAUAUUCUACUCCACCAUCUACAUCAGCACCUUGUUUCUAAUGGGGGUCAGUGUGGAGCGAUACCUUGGGGUGGCCUACCCUGUCCAUUACAAGAUGAACCGCAAGCCCAUGUACGCUGUUUACGUGAGUGUCUUCUUCUGGGUCAUAUCAACCGCUCACUGCACCAUUGUCUACAUCGUCCAGUACCAGAAACCAGGGAAUGGGACUCAGAAUGUUUCCUCUUGCUAUGAGGAAUUCACAAAAGAGCAACUUAAUAUACUUCUACCAGUCCGCUUCGAAAUGUUCUUUGUCCUCUUCUGCAUCCCCUUCCUCAUCACCACCUUCUGCUACAUCAGUUUCAUCCGGAUCCUUCUCUCCCUGCCGAACAUCAGCCGUCGAAGGAAGCAGAGAGCCAUCGGGUUAGCUCUGGGGACACUGCUGGUCUUCAUUCUCUGCUUCUGCCCUUAUAACAUCUCCCACGUGGUGGGGUUUGUGAAAUGGCAAAGUCCCAAGUGGCGUGUGAUGACUCUGCUUCUCAGCACAUUCAACACCUGCUUGGAUCCCAUCAUCUUCUAUUUUUCCUCAUCUGAAGUUCAAAACAGCAUCAGAAACUGCAUAGCAGGGGUGCUAGGAAGGAUACGAGCCAUCGGUUUUUGUAAAAGACUUUGCCCGGCAGCCUGCACAGUUAACGAGCAGACAGAGAGCAGCUCUAACAAUUAGUGAUGGGCCACCCUGCCCUUUGAGUAUGUGUUCUUGACUUUUGCUGCACGAUGCAAGCCUGAUUUUUACAUCAAGUUUUCUGUGUCUAUAGUUCUUGCAGUUUUUUUCAAUAAAUGCAUUUACAGUGCCUGUAGUAAGUAUUCACCCCCCCCCCCCCUUGGACAU